AUGGGGAAGAACAAGAAGAAGAGAACUAGGGUUUCCGUUUCCGACGACGACGAAGAAAUCGAAACCGAAAUCAACAACGAUUCCAAUCAGAACGAAAACUCACUCUACCAGGUUCUUGGUGUGGAGAGUACGGCGACACAACAGGAAAUAAAGAAGGCGUAUCAUAAGUUGGCGUUGAGGCUUCAUCCUGAUAAGAACCCUGGCGACGAGGAAGCUAAAGCUAAGUUUCAGCAAUUGCAAAGUGUUAUCUCAAUUCUUGGAGAUGAACAAAAACGGGCAAUGUAUGAUCAGACUGGUUCUGUUGAACACGCUGACCUUGCUGGAGAUGUUGUUCAGAAUCUUCAAGAAUAUUUCAGAACAAUGUACAAGAAGGUCACCGAAGCUGAUAUUGAGGAGUUUGAAGCAAACUACAGGGGAUCUGACUCUGAGAAAAGUGAUUUGAUUAAUCUCUACAAGGAAUGCAAGGGUAAUAUGAACAGGUUAUUCUGCUCAAUGCUUUGUUCAGAUCCUAAACUUGACUCACACCGAUUCAAGGAUAUUAUUGAUGAGGCCAUAGCUUCUGGAGAACUAAAGGAAAAGAAAGCAUACAAGAAAUGGGCAAAGAAAAUUUCGGAAACCAAGCCACCAACUAGUCCUUUAAGGAGGAGGGAAAAAUCAAAUAAGGAUCAAAAAACAGAUCUGUAUGCUAUCAUAUCAAAACGACAAACUGAGAGGAAAGGCCAGCUUGACUCUAUGUUCUCGUCUUUAAUUUCAAAAUAUGGUGGAGACCAUGUGCCAGAACCAACUGAAGAGGAAUUUGAGGCUACACAAAGAAAGAUGGAAAGCCGAAGAAAGAUGGAAAGCGGAAGAUCUUCAAAAAAGGCAAAGCGAAAAUAA